AUGUAUACAGAACAGAAAAAUCCCCCAUAUAUUAUGCAACUUGAUUGUAAAUUACAACAAUUAGCUCGUUUUGGUUUUUAUUUUACUGAAUCUAAUGGCCGUACAUGCAAUAAAAAAGCAGUACACAAAGCACAACAAGCAAUGGAAAGGGGAGAAGUUGAUAUUGGAAAAGGACCUGUCCGUUUGAGUUGGGGACGUUUUCAAUUUAAAGUUUAUUGGUGGCUUGUUGAUUAUAUUUUAUGUACACCUUGUUUAGGUUCAUAUCUCAAGCCUUAUUUACCUUUGGUUGGCUACAUUUUAAUGUUUACUGUGGCUUAA